AUGUCGGCCUCAUCCCCACAUCGGAAACGAGAGCCCGAGUCAGUGUGGGACUACCCGCGUCCGCCCGCGCUGGUCCCGACGACCGCUCACCUGCGGGUGCUCCAUGCGGAGCCGGAUGCGAAUGGACAAGAGGUGGUCGUCGCCGACACUUGCAAGGGGCUCCGAGUCCUCGAACCGAGCCAUCCUCCGACGUACUACUUCCCGCCAGAAGAUGUCCAGAUGUGUCUCCUACACGAGAACCCAAAGCAGACCUUCUGCGAAUGGAAAGGCCAUGCAAGCUACUACGACCUCGUCCAUCCGGCCUCCAACACGGCCUCCAAAGCGGGUCGCCUGGACUUACAAAUCCCCCUCCGAUCAGAACAAGGCGCUGGCUAA